GAAAAAUCUGAUUUCCAACUUCAAAUGUAAUAUAUUGUAAAUUGUGUAGAUUAUAUUGGUUUGUAAGAGCUGUGUAUGAUAGAAUAAAAAUAAGAGGAGUGAAUUAGAUUAUGAUACGUUACUAUGGAGAAACGCUACAUUCAUGACCUCAAAAUGAAGAUGGAAAGGAAAGUUGGACUAUUGUCACUUGACAUCGACAAAUUCACCAAAGCUGGUACAGAGGAGCUACAAAAAGGGAACCUACAUCAUGCCUUAGAUUGUUUUGAAUUUGCAUACAAGAGAUCCUUGCAAUUAAAGGAGAGUUACACAGAACGUGCUUGUGCCUUUAACCUUGGAGCUGUAUAUAUUGCCCUCAACCAGGGGAAACAAGGUCUAGAGCUCUUACAUAAAGCCGUACCUCCAAGUGAUAAAAAGGAUGGACGAUCUAAUGGCGAUCUAUUUUAUAAUUUUGCACUCGGGUAUGACUCUAUUAAUGAUAAAGCAUCUACUGUGAAAUACCUUGAACUAACUGCAAAGGAAUACAAAGAAGAGAACAAUGUGUUCAUGUUAGCUGAUGUGAACAGUCGUCUGGCACAGUUGUAUGCUAAACUAAAGAAUCAUUCAAAGGCCGCUGUUUGCUUUGGUGCCGCUGCAUCUGCCACAGAGCAAUCCCGCGAUCAUGAUCGUCAAGUGGUGUACCUGGCAAAACAGGCUAGUCAGUUGUACCAGUGUGGAGAGGGUGUACAAGCAGUGAAAGUACUAGAUGAUUGCUUAGUUGCAUGUAACACUCAUACACUCGCUAACAACAAUACUCUAGGCAAACUAUACAAUGACCUUGGUCUGACCUAUACUCAAUGUAAGCAGUUUGCUAAGGCAGCCCAAUGCUUUGAGGAGGCCUUACCCCUUGCCCGAGGCACCCUUGGGGAGAAGAAACGUGAAGCUGUGGUCUUGCAGAAUCUUGGUGCUGUUUAUAACUCAUUGGGGGACUUCCAGAGGGCUCUGGGGUUCCAUGAGAGUGCUGCUGGUAUACACGCUGAACUGAAGAAUCGCAACUCCCAGGGCCAAUGCUUCAACAACCUCGCCUAUGCCUUCAGUCAGCUAGGAGAUAAUGAUAGUGCUGGGGAAUCAUACCUGCAUGCCCUCCAGGCAGCAAGAGAUACUGGUGACCAUCAUGCCCAAUGGCAAGCAUUGGAAGGACUUGGCGCUGUUGCGUUUAACAAUGGUCAAAUCGAAAAGGCAAUUCGCAACUUCAAACAGGCACUUAGUCUCAUCAAAUCUUCCGAGGCAGAUUUCGAUGAAGCACAGGAGAGGAUUGUGGGUAAAUUAACCGAUGCGUUGCAGUAUCAAGUGACCCUGAACCUAAAGACAAGUCCUGUUGCAGUAGAUUUGAAGAAUGUCCGUCCAAGCUCAGCAUCUAAGAUUGCAAAAGCUGUCAAGGAAGAUCCACUCAGUGAUUAUAGAAAAAGGAGUAAAGCCCAGAGACGCAAAAAUAGUGGAGAAUAUGAGAGUGACCAGCGCCACAGCAGUAACCAUAGAAACUAUGACCAGCCAAUCAGAAGAGAGAAUCGAAGGGCUGCCAGUGAAAAUGAAGUUGACCAUGGCCAAGUUAGGCAAGAAGGGGAAACAAAAAAAUUAAUGCUUGGAGUUUCAGCGUUUUCCAGUGGAAAGAAGCCUAGGGGUAGAGGCAACAGUUUCAGUAGCGCAGGCAGUAACAUAAGCGUUGAUCCAGAUAAGCGACUUAAACGCAAACCCUUGCUUUAUACAGAGGACCACGAUUCAGAGGAGGAGUGGAAGAAUGAACUUGGGAGGCUUGCAGGUGAUCAGGAAAUCAGCUCAGAUGAAGACUUCAGGGAAAAAUUGCGUCCUAUGGUCACACCAAGUCCUGGAAAUUCUCCAAACCCAAAGUAUGGUCGACGAAACCAUGAAUAUGAUGAAGUAGAUGCGGCACCUCAAAGGCGUAGUAAAAAAAGAUCGGGUAGAGAAAGUAGUUCCCAGGAUGCCCUGAAGAUGUAUCGACAGAAGAGUAUGGAAUCCAUGGGAACUAAGGCCAUGAACGUGGAGGAAAAUAUCAGAGCUCCCAUUUCAAGGGCAAAAAGUUUUGAUUCCCUAAAACAACCUGUGUAUCAGGCAGACAGGCGAGAUUCCCCAAAGCCUGGAUCACCAGUAUCACCUAAUCAAAGAAGACCAACUCCACUUGAUUAUGUCAGUCCUGAGCAACAGUCUACUCCUAGGAACCAGAAAGAUGCCAGGACAAGCAGUGCGCUUAAUGGUAGAAAGGAUGCUGCUCCAUCUACAUCCAGUGACAGUGAAACUGGAAGUAGCUACACUGAUGACAGUGAGACUGAGAGUGAGGUACCACCAAGAAGCCCAACACGACGCCAUCCUCCACCUGUGCCAACACCGCUUCACUCUACUUAUGAGUACCCCGCCCUGUCACCAGAUUAUGCCACUAUACGCUCACUGUCACACACAUCUAGGUCACAGAAAGAUCACACUUACCAUAAUGAUGAUGUUUUCAGGAACCUUAAUGAGACUACAUAUAGUACAGUCAACAAGACUGCAAAUAAAGAAAAGCUGACUGAGACACGUCAACUGAACAGUACUGGACAGUCUAACCCAGGCGACCCACUGUAUGAUACAAUUCGUUCUGGGAAGUACUCACCUAUUGAUGGCCCUCGCCCUUCAGCCAGUGGGGUCAGCGAGGCAGACGUACCACCACCCCUACCCCCUCCUCUUCCUACGACUAGGGGUAUUAGAGAAAAUGUUCUGUAUGAUGCUCAUGUAAAACAGAUGAAGGACCAGGUGGAACUACCAACCAAAGAGGAGAAGUCUAAGACGUGUAGCAUCAUGUGAAGUGAAGUAUUGUAUUGUGUGAAAUUUAUAAGAGACCUGACAGUGGGACUUCUGAUGGACAAAUCUAUGUUUAGUCAAGAGCAUUUUUUACUGUGCCAAAUUCAUAAAGGACUUGGCAGUGGAACUACUGACUUGAGGAACAAAUCUAAGAUACAAACAUCAUAUACAGAUAUAAGAUUGACACCCACAGUGCAGGUGUGAACGUUCACCUCCAUUUGAUAAGUGAAUUAUACACAAUGGCCCCUCAAUAAUGAUAAAGGGUGUAGUGUUUAAUAAUGUAAUAUUAGGGUGCAAAGUUUGUAAUAAUCAUGUACAUUAAUGUAUAAUACACGAUAAAUAUAUUUUUGCACAAAAAGUGUAAGUGACUGAGACGGUACUUAUUCGUUGAGGAGAAAAUAAUUUGAGAUUAUGAUUGUAUUAAGGCUGCAUUUCUUUGGCUGGGUGUGUUACAAAUAGAACAUACUCUUGUCAUUAAAAUUCUAGGAAAACUCAACUUGUUAUACCAAUAUUUUGUAUUCUUGAGUUAGUAAGAUCACUUUUGACAUUGAAUAGUUGAGAUGACACAUUAUCUUGACAAUGACAGGUUGUUAAUGAAAUAGGGACAUUGGGUUUAUAUAAACAGUUGUGAUCUAAACAACUUCUGUGUUUUUGUGGUGAUUUAAUGGUUAAAAUACACUCAAAUGUGAGAGAUGUCCA